AUAGAUGCGAAUUGUUUUUGAUACAUUCAACGAAGCAACUGAACGAAUUCAUUCGAAUCUACCAAAUUAUCCAAGUAUAUCAACUUAUUUAAGUGGAAAUUCUGUCAAGACAACACCAACAACAACAUUCAAUCCGAAUAAAUCAGGAAUAUUUCAUCGUUUCUAUUUACCAAAUGAAAAUUUCUAUCUAAGUCCAUCUACAAUUGCACCGAGUUUAUUGAUUAAACGAACUAAUUGUUCUACUGGUAAAAAAUUUCUAGGAAUGAUUACUUUGAAUACAUUAUGGUGUCACUAUUUUCAUUAUGUGGCAAUUGAAAAUGCUGAAACUGAAAUCACUUUUCAACUUCCAACAUCUGCUGCUGCAUUUUCGAAUUAUUCGCAGGAAAAAUCUCCAUCAUUUAUUGACUUAUAUUUAGAUCCAAAUUGUUCUUAUGAAAUGUCUGUGUAUUAUUCACUGAUCAAUUGGUUUUCUCAAUUAAUACGUCUUCAUUGUACACAUAUUUGUGGAUUACUGUAUGGACAUUUGAUUCUGUCAUUAGCUAUAUUAACAUUUCAAUGGAUGAAUAAAUUUCAUGAAAGUAAUUCUGAUCAUUAUUCAUCAUCUACUUCUCAAGAUGAUCGCCAUCAUCAUCAUUUCUCAAUAAUUCACGAAAUUUAUUAUCAUCAAAUUGUGACUUUAAUAAAUUUUAUUGGAUUUCAGCUUAUUCCUUUACCUUUCUCAGAAUGGUUUAAUUUACAACAAACUGGUCAACUUGGUCUACGUUUAAUCAACACUUUACAAUCAUCAUCAUCAUCGUUUACAGCAUCAUUCGAAUUGAUUCUUAAUCAUUUGCCCUUAUUGAUUAUUUCCAUACCAUUUGGAUGUAUUAUACCAGUGGUGAAUCGUAUGUUUGAUCAAGGAUUUUUAUUACUUUCUCAACUGUUAAUUCAUUAUCGAUGUGAUUAUGCAACAGCAAAGCAGAAGAAACAAUCUAAUCAAAAUAAUCAUAAUAACUUUGUUUCAUCUUCUUCUCUAUGGUUGGUGAAUCUAUCAAUAAUGUGUAUUCUAUUAAUUGGUUGGUUAUUCAGUGAAUCAUUAGCUGUUUCGUUACUCAGUUUAUUGCUAUUAUUCUUUAAUAUCAUUUCAUUUCAUCAACACAAUCAUGUCAAUACUGUACAAUUAUCAAUAGAUAAUAAUAACAAUCAUGAUCAAUUAUUGUUCAAUGUACAACAACAACCACAGAAAAUUCAAACAAAAUCAUUCACAUUGAAUAAUAAUAAUAAUCAUCAUCAAAUGAAUUAUUUAUUAAAAUUAUUUUAUUUAAUUCAAUGUCGUCUAUUCGUGUUAUUGUUAAUGAUAAGUUUAUUCAUGUUUAAUGAUUGGAUCGCAUUAAUUGAACGUAUACGACUACUGUAUGAUUUUAGUAUUUUUAGUUUAUUUUCAAAUUAUUCAAUUAUUUUACAAUUUCAUAAUCAUCUUAUAUCUAGUACACUGCUAAUUCUAUGUACAUCAAUAUGGUUGUUACAAUUUUGCGGCAUUGUUCAUAUUCAGUCACGAUCGUCAUCGUCACCAACAUCACCAACAUCAUCAUGGACAUCAUUAUCGUUAAUAUCAUCAUCUUUAUUGUUAUUAUGUACUUUUUAUAAUAAUAAUACUAAUAAUAAUAAUGAAAUGAAUAAAAAUUUUAACACUACUAAUCAUACUACUAAUAAUCAUCAUGAUAAUAAAAGUAGUAUUAAUAGAUUUUCUUUUAAUAAAUUUUUAUUAAUUUCAUGUAAAUUCAUCAUGAUUUAUUUAAUAUCUAAUUUAUUUCAUUUAACUAUAUCAUUAUAUUCUAUUGUACAAUUGACUACAUUUAGUAUUCAAUGUAUUUGUUUUAUUUUAUGCUUUACUCAUGUAAAUUUUUCCUUCUUCAUGCGGAAAAACUAAACUGUUUGGGAAAUUAGAUCCCUCCAGAACUCAUUUGAUUAUUGUCCUAAUUUCGAGUGUUUUAUAUUUUCACACAUGGGCUGAUCAGUUGACCUUGAGAUGUUACUUUCCACUCGAAAAAUACUUGACUGUCAUUGGUCGAUGUGUUUGUUAUUUUAGUACGCAAUUUUUUGUGGCUCUCUCAUGGACAUUUCUAUCAUG